AUGGGCCCCAAGCGUCAAGCCGCCCCUGCUGGGUCAACACGCGGCGGAGCUGCAGCCGCAAAAAGUUCCAGUUCCACGGCAGCAAAUGCGAAAGGCGUCGAGAAAGAACGGGGCACCCGCAUCGAAGAGCAAUUUCAAGAAGCCCAGGAGCAGAGUACUGCAGUUUGGCUGAACACCGCGGGCCGCAGCAUUUCGCCGCAUUUUUGCAUCAAGGCCGCACAGGAAGCCAUCCUCAAGCAGGAGUCGCCCUGGCUGCUCGGCGAAGACGACGAGACCCCGUUGCGGGAACUGUUUUCUAAAUUGAUCCCCACCGCGCUACCGGAGGAUAUUGCGAUCGCCAGUGCCGCGUCCACGCACCUGAGCACGCUGGCGUACAACUUCCAGGAGUAUCAAAUGCAAAAAUGUCUGGGUCUGGAAGAUUGCGAGAUCUGUCAUGCUGAUCUGGCAUGGCCCUUAACUCUGUAUUGCGUGGCCACAAACAGCCUCUCUCGCCUGUCAUGCAAAAACGCAGUUUCUCAUGCGGAAUACGCAGCACAGAAGCGCGAAGAAACUUGUCAUGCUUGGUGGCGCAUUACACUGCAUUUCUUAUUGACUGACUUGCAUCACAAGUUUCCAGACCCAGACAUUUUUGCAUGUCAUAAGGAGCAGUGGAGAAACGAGGACACCGUUCGGAAAAUCACCGGGUUGCGAUAUCCUAUGUAAAAACGUCCCCAGACCAUAGUUGUAUUGCAAAUCUGCAUGCUGAAAUUGUUUCUCAUGCGGAUCCCCAUGAGAAGCAUUUUCCAAUCGUGUUCUGCAAUUUGUCAUGCUCCAAUCAGCAUGAUAUACUAGGUCUGUGAUGCUGCUGAGCUAGCUCAAACAGCACUACGCUACGAGUCCAAAUCUGUCAUGCAAGACAGCCAAAACUUGUGGGUUUGUCUAGCCAAUCCCCCAUCUUGACUAUGGGGUGGGGACGUUUUUACAUAGGAUACGCGACUGGACCCCAUCAAGCGGCUCGUGCUGGUGGUGGAGGAGCAGUACACAAGUAAUGUGUACCCUUGGCAGGAGCUGCUGGUGCGGGAGCAAACGCUGGACGUGGAUUUCCUCGUGGUGAAAACCACGAACGAAGACGACGACCUGACGGAUUUGGUGAUCCAGGCGUACAAAAUGCAGAAAAAGCACGUGAAACUCGUGGCGCUCAUGCAGAGCCGGUGGAUCGACGGGCGGAUGAUCGAUUUGCAAAAAGUCGCAGCGGAGUUGGCGGAGGACUGUUAUUUCGUGCUCGACUUGACCCAGUCGCUCGGUGUCAUACCGGUUCCAGGCUCGGUAGCUCGCCGAGCAGACGCGAUUGUGUGCACGACGCACAAGUGGCUGCUGGGGCUCUACGGGAUCAGCUUGAUGUACGUGAACUCUUCGCGGAAGAAAAACUUGAGCUUGCAGCAGCAGAGUACGAAGAGCUCGCAUGCGCACAGCGUGCUGCGAACUCUAGACCACCACGAGCGGAACAGGAUUGGAUGUGUCGACGGCGCUUGCUUGCCAUUUUUGCUGAACGCAACAGGCAAGAGGGACGAACUUUCGGAGCAGGAGGUUGAGUCACUUUCCCCUGCGCGGUUUCUCGGGGGAAACGCGAAGGCUGGCGGUGCGGCUGCGAGAGCGAGAAAAUCGCUUUCCGACGCGGCGCGGAUGAGCCUGGUGCCACUAGAAGGUCCGGCUACGAAGAAGGCGAAAAAGGAAGAGGGGACCGGCUCACCUGGAAAAAACAACAAAGCCUCGCCGUCUUCUCCGAAAGCAAAAGCGCAAUCACCCUCUACUCCCGAGAUAGUGAAGGAGAAACCACCGAUCUGCGAAGUUUUUGAAAAAGCCCUCUACGAGCCGGCGUUUCGAGCAGGCGCCGGGUUACGUUUAGACAUGGGCGGGCGACCGGGGAACCCGAUCGUGAUGCCGGCACUGCUCGCGAGUUUGGAUUUGAUCAUCAACCAUUGGAAAGUUGAAACCAUUCAAAAGAAGUGCGAGGAGCUAAUGAAGCAGCUGAAGGAGGAGAUACGGGAGCUAAAUGCCGAAAUCGAGAAGAAGUCACUGUCCUUCGACAAAUUCCUGCAGAUCACCUACCCGAAGCACCACUCGCCGCACAUCAUCGGCCUGCGCUUCGGUGCGAUGAAGAAAAGUAAGAAGAGUUUUGAACUGGAUACAAGUGUGAAGAUCACGACGGAAAAGGCGCAUCAGCGCUUAUCAAACUCUGGCAUACAUACGAGCUACCGCUCGGGGUACAUUCGCGUUAGUCUGUAUGUCUAUAACACACCCGCAGACGUGACGCGGCUGGUGCGGUGUCUCAAAGUGUACUUGUUUGACGCGCUAACGCUGUCGUGAUAGAAAGAAUAGCACGAGGACAGCAAGAUGAUGAGUACGAUGUUGGUGCUGCUUCACGUACAGUGAAAUCGGCACAGAACUGAUUCGCUGCAUGAUAGCGGCUGCUGAUUCGGCGCAAAUGACAUCUCAGGGUUUGUCUUGUGUUCAAGUGCAACCAGCACAGAAAAAGCGCCCGCGCGGGGUGUAAGUAUUCCGCAACGUGACGCACGCACAACAUCAACAAAGGCGCGCAGCUUCACGGCCCGGAUGGCGAUGACUUUGAGGACGACGGCAACAAAUGCCGCGGUCUGAAGGCCGGGCCUCCGCGAUGCGUAUCGCGGCCAUUGCUAAGCAAAUUCAAAGCGCCGGC